CAUGGCGGGCAGUGUCAUCUCGAUAUCGUCGUGAAUAUAACGUGAAAUAAUGAUUAUUAUUGUUUUAGAAUAUGGGUGAAUAUGUGCAAUAAUUUAUUAAACUUUGAUGUGAAAAGUGUUGUGUUUUGAUAUUUUUUGUGAUAAUAAAGUGUUACAAUGGCCUCGGAUAAGAUCAAAGUUGCUGUGCGGGUUCGUCCUUUUAACAGGCGAGAAAUCGAACUUGGUACACAAUGCGUGGUGGAAAUGGACACCCAGCAGACAAUACUGCAAUGCCCGCAGUCAACACACGACAAAGAAAGAAAGCAACCAAAGACGUUCGCGUUCGACCACUGUUUCUACUCGCUCGACCCGUCGCUAAGCAAUUACGCGUCACAAAAGACGGUGUUCGAGUGCCUUGGCCGGGAUAUCCUGGACAAUGCCUUCGAAGGGUACAAUGCCUGUAUCUUCGCGUACGGCCAGACAGGUUCCGGCAAGUCGUACACCAUGAUGGGCGCGCCGGGGCCCGACGAGGGCGGCAUUAUACCGCGGCUGUGCGAUGCGCUCUUCGAACGGAUAGCGAAGCAACAGUCGCCGCCCGCGCUCACGUACAAGGUGGAAGUAUCAUACAUGGAGAUAUACAACGAGCGCGUGCACGACCUCCUCGACCCGGAGACGACGCGGCGCUCGCUGCGGGUCCGCGAACACGCGGUGCUGGGACCCUACGUGGAUGGCCUCUCGCAGCUGGCCGUCACGUCUUACCAUGACAUAGACAACCUGAUGACCGAAGGCAACAAGUCGCGCACGGUUGCCGCGACGAACAUGAACAGCGAAUCGUCGCGGUCGCACGCGGUGUUCAGCGUGGUGCUGACGCAGACGCUGUGCGACUCGGCGACCGGCGUCAGCGGGGAGAAGGUGGCGCGGCUGUCGCUGGUGGACCUCGCCGGGUCGGAGAGGGCGGUCAAGACGGGGGCGGUUGGCGAUCGGCUGAAGGAGGGCUCUAAUAUUAAUAAGUCAUUAACCACACUCGGCCUAGUAAUAUCAAAGCUAGCAGACCAGUCGUCGGGCAAGAACAACAAGGACAAGUUCGUGCCGUACAGAGACUCGGUGCUCACUUGGUUGCUCAAAGAUAAUUUGGGGGGCAACAGUAAAACUGUUAUGGUAGCGACGAUAUCACCAGCCGCGGACAAUUACGAGGAGACACUGUCCACACUGCGAUACGCGGACCGAGCGAAGCGAAUAGUGAACCACGCGGUCGUCAACGAGGAUCCGAACGCGAGGAUCAUACGGGAGCUGCGGCAGGAGGUCGAGGCGCUCAAGGAGAUGCUGAAGCAUGCCACGGGCUCGCCGGUCGGCGAGGACGUGCACGAGAAGUUGGCGCAAAGUGAACACCUCAUGAAGGAGAUGUCCCGCACUUGGGAGGAGAAACUUGUGGAGACCGGACGGAUACAAAGCGAAAGGCAACAUGCCUUAGAGAAGAUGGGCAUCAGCGUGCAGGCGAGCGGCAUCAAAGUGGAGAAGAAUAAGUUCUAUCUCGUCAACCUGAAUGCCGAUCCCUCUUUGAAUGAGCUCUUGGUUUAUUAUCUUAAGGACCGUACGCUAGUAGGCGCGGACCGAUCGGCCGAUAUUCAACUAUCCGGGCUCGGUAUCCAGCCCCAGCACUGCCUGCUGCAAGUGGAGGGCGGAGCCCUACACAUGCAGCCCUUGAACGCCGCCAGGUGCUUCGUGAACGGAACCCCCGUGCUGGAGGGCGUGAGGCUGGGACACGCCGAUCGAAUCCUCUGGGGAAAUCACCACUUCUUCCGGGUCAACUGUCCGAAGGAUACCAAUGAGCUGGCGACAGCGUCGGAGCCGCAGACUCCCGCGCAGCCGAUCGACUACAACUUCGCGCGGGACGAGAUCAUGCUCAACGAGCUCAGCAACGACCCCAUACAGACCGCCAUCUCGCGGCUCGAGCGCCAGCACGAGGAGGACAAACAGGUUGCAUUGGAAAAGCAGAGACAAGAGUACGAACGACAGUUUCAGCAAUUGAGAAAUAUUUUGUCUCCGUCAACGCCUUAUCCACCAUAUUCGUAUGACCCGCUCAAAUUAGGCAAAAUGACGGCCUGCACGCCGACGACGGCGGCGCGCGUGGAGCGCUGGGCGGCCGAGCGCGACGACACGUUCAAGCGCUCCAUCGGGCGGCUCAAGGCGGACAUCCUGCGCGCCAACGCGCUCGUGCAGGAGGCCAACUUCCUCGCCGAGGAGAUGCGCCGCAACACGCGCUUCAGCGUCACGCUGCAGAUCCCGCCGCAGAACCUCAGCCCCAACAGGAAGCGCGGCGCGUUCGUCUCAGAACCGGCCAUCAUGGUGAAGCGGCCGACGCGCGGCGCGCAGGUGUGGUCCAUGGAGAAGCUGGAGAACAAGUUGGUGGACAUGCGCGACAUGUACGACGAGUGGCGGCACAGGCAGCACUCGGACGAUGAGGACAAUGAUGCAGCUCAAAUAGACGUGGAAACACCAACGGAGCAGGAGGAAAAAGCGCUAGAUCCAUUCUACGAAUCGCAAGAGAAUCACAACUUGAUCGGUGUUGCCAACAUCUUCUUGGAGGCGUUGUUCCAUGACGUGACGCUAGAUUAUCACACGCCCAUCAUCAGUCAGCAGGGAGAAGUUGCCGGGAGGUUGCAGGUUGAGAUAAGUAGAGUAUCGGGUCAGUUCCCACAAGACCGAAUUUGUGAAGCGGCCUCGGACAGUUCUGGAGAUAUGAGAGAUGACGAUGAGCCUAUCGAUCCAGCUUCACAACAAGUGACUAUCCGCGUAGUCAUCAAGCAGGCGAGCGGGCUCCCCCCCUCGCUGUCCAACUUCGUGUUCUGCCAGUACUCGGUGUGGGGCGGCGGCGAGCCGGUGGUGGUCGCGCCGCAGGUGUCCGCCGACACGCCUCCCCCCGCGCUCCCCGCGCUCCCUGCGCACGCCCCGCACCCCGCGCACCCCGCACACCCGGCCGCCGCCUCGCCGCGCCACCAGCUGGUGACAUUCCGCUUCGAUCAUAGGCGGGACUUUACGAUACCGCUCACGGAGGAGUUCAUUGAGCAUUGUGCGGAGGGCGCGCUGUCGAUCGAAGUGUGGGGCCACCGGUCGGCGGGGUUCAGCCGCGCGGUCGGCAACUGGGAGGUGGAGGCGCAGCAGCUGGCCAAGGCGCGCUCGCUCGCCGACCGCUGGGCGGAGCUCACGCGCAAGAUCGAGCUGUGGGUCGAGAUACACGAGCUCAACGACCAGGGCGAGUACGCGCCCGUCGAGGUGACGCAGCGCGCGGACAUCCCGACGGGCGGCGUGUACCAGCUGCGGCAGGGCCAGCAGCGCCGCGUGGCCGUGCGCGUGCGCCCCGCCGCCAACUCGGGCACGCUGCCCAUCAUCUGCCAGCACAUCGUCAGCGUCGAAGUGGGCUCCGUUACCGUCAGGUCGCGGCUACAAAAGCCCCUCGACUCGUACCAAGAAGAAGACCUGGCGGUGCUGCGCGAGCGCUGGAGCGAAGCGCUCGCGCGGCGGAGGCAGCACUUGCACGCACAGCUGCAGAAAUUGGUGAAUAUGUCGCCGUCGUUGAAGAGUGAACGGGAUAUGGAGAGAGAGCAGUCGCUGGUUGAGCAGUGGGUUUCGCUCACUGAGGAAAGAAAUGCGGUGUUAGUACCAAGCCCCGGCAGUCCAAUUCCGGGAGCGCCGGCCGCGUGGAACCCCCCGCCCGGUAUGGAACAACACAUCCCGGUGCUGUUCCUGGAUCUUAACGCGGAUGAUCUGACGACGCACGGCUCGGGAGAGGAGGUGUCGGUGGCCGGGCUGCACUCGAUCCUGCCCAAGGAGCACGGCAACAAGUUCUACGAGCUGCAGCUGGUGCAGCACCACCACAAGGACGUGAGUGCGGCCGCCGCCUGGGACUCCUCCAUACACGACUCGCAGUACCUCAACCGGAUCACCGAGGCCAACGAACGUGUGUACCUGAUACUGAAGACAACAGUGCGGCUGUCCCAUCCCGCGCCGAUGGAGCUGAUCCUGCGCAAGCGCCUCGCGCUCAACAUAUACAAGCGGCAGAGCCUCACUGACCGGAUACGGAAGAAGAUAGUUAGGACGGAUCAGCUGACGCAAACCGGCGUCACGUACGAGGUGGUGUCCAACAUCCCCAAAGCGUCGGAGGAGCUGGAGGAGCGCGAGAGCCUGGCGCAGAUCGCCGCCACCGGGGAGGACUCCAGCUUCGCUGACGGGGAGACUUAUAUCGAGAAAUACACGCGAGGCGUGAGCGCAGUGGAGAGCAUCCUCACCCUGGACCGCCUGCGGCAGAGCGUCGCCGUCAAGGAGCUGGAGCAGGCGCGCGGCCAGCCCGUCACCAUGCGCAAGACGGCCUCCGUGCCCAACUUCUCGCAGGGUGCUUUCUCACGACGCGACGCGUUUCAAACGCUAUGCAACGCGACUCGAUAUGUCGUUGAUUUCGUAUCGUCAUUGCAAGGGCAGGAAUACGAUGCUCUCGGUCGGGAUGACGCAUCGUCGCGUUGCGUGAUAAUGCGCCUGGACUCGUCGUUCGAGUCGCUAGCGGGCCUAUCGUCGGGCCGCUCGGGCAGCGUGGCCGACCUGGCGGACGAGACGCCGCGCCGCGUGCGCCACUCGUACGCUGCGCCCGCGCAUAACGACCCCGACCUGACCACGCCCACCAAACCGUUCGGACUUGGCUCGUUCCUAUCAGCUCGACCAACGUUCCUUAAUUUGAAUUUGAACCUGAACUCACUACGACUGCAGACGCCGAAUAAGUCGUCUCCUGCCAGUGGGAAAUUGGGUUUGCGCAUGACCACACUACACGAAGAGCCGGGAAGACGUAACGACGAGGAUUCUCAUUCUGAGCCAGAAUCGGCCCCCAAUGACGAACUUACUACUCCACGCUCACACCGCACUCGAUCACGCGCCACUGCCCGCGGUUUCUUGCCGACAUCCAAAACAUUGGAUUCAUUGCACGAACUCGCUUGUGAACGAAUCCCCAACAAGAACUCACCAUCGAUAUCGUCUAGUGGAUACGGUUCGCAAGCUGUAUCAUCGACCAACCUCACCAACGACGACACACUCUCCAUACGCAGCAUGUCCGUUGACGACACACCGGAUUUCGACAAAGUAAUGGAUUACACGCACUUGAGCCGAACGAAAACCUCGAUGGCCGGCCUCAGGAAUGAGAUCAGCGAGCUCAGAAGCGAUAUAACGGACCUGAAGAAUGAAAUAGUGGAGUCGAAAAAUGAGCUGGAAGAUGUCGCCUUCGAAAAAUCCAAAACGCCAGUACUGACUCCGGGUUCCCGGAAUAGGAUUAAUCCCUUUUUGAGGGAUUGCGAGGAGGCUAUGCAGGACGAUAAGGACUCUCAGAUAUUGGACCCGCUCGGGGCCAUACCGGUGGAGACGCACGCUGUGGUAUCUAGUCAUAAUAAAAACGAGCUUCAGGUCAAUGGUGAAUCGGCGCACGAGACUACGUUUGGCGAAGCGGAGGUAGAAUCGGUGAGCUCCGAACAGUCUAGUCACGGAACGCGAAGUCGCGAGGCCUCCUCGGUGGGUGAGAGCGAUUCUCCCGGACCAGACCCCGUCGUCAAUACGUCGCUGCCCGCUGGAAAGGUGGUGCGGCGGCGCGCGGGCGGCGGGCGCAGCGCGGCGCGCGCGUCGUACCCGGCGGCGCGCAAGCCGCACGAGCCCGCCUCCUCCGCCGACAGGAUCCUGCACGACGAGUCGUCGGAGUGCGAGCGCUCGCACGCGCUGCCCGAGUGGAUGGCGGUGGGCGAGAGCGUGCAGCUGCGGCUGAGCAGCAGCACCGGCGUCGUCGCCUACAUCGGGCCCACGCACUUCGCCAGCGGCACCUGGGUCGGCGUCGAGCUGGACGCGCCCACCGGCAAGAACGACGGCUCCGUAGCGGGCAUCCGCUACUUCGAGUGUCGGCCGCGGCACGGCAUCUUCGUGCGCGGCGACAAGCUGGCGCAGGACCGGCGCGGCCGCUCCGCGCGCGCCUUCCGCAGCGCCGAGCUCACGCGCGCCUCCAGCAAGGGUGAAGGCCUACAGAACCUGCACAGGUCGCGGAGUCGCGGCGACAGCAUAAACGCGGUCGGCACCAAGACCAGAAGCAAAUAAUCGCACGUCCACACUUCGAGUCCAAGUCCUGUUUAUGUUGCACUCUUGUAACGCUAUGGUGCUUAUAUUGUGUAUAUUUCGUUCUUGUCACGUGUAAAAGCAAUAAUGUUCCCACGUUUAUAUUUCACAUUCCCCCGGGACGUUUGUAGGUCGGCGUGUAACGGUGCCUCCACACAGAGCUUAACCGCGGUGGGAUGUUAAUGGAGGUGUUGGCCCUUAGCUCUGUGACGACUCACUAUUGGAGGAAAACUAUUAUUUCUCACCUUGGUUGUCACGUGUAACCAACGGUCGAUGGAAUUUUCACGUUUUCUACGCAGCUAUUCGAUUUAUUAGCGAAAUAUUUUAUUUUUUCAUCGUUUCGUUUUUAUCAUUGAAACGCGUUUGUAAAUAAAUUUGACAUUCAAUCGAUUUAUAUUAUGAUUUUUUUUUUAUUUUAUUUUAUUUUAUCAUUAUUAUUUUACUGUAAAUACGUGGAUGUUUGCGUGUGUUUUUAUUGAUAAUAAUUUAAUGAUUUAGAGACCAAUGAAUUGUUUGUGAUCGACGGGAGGCGGAUUGUUUGUAUAGAAUUUUUUACUGUAUAGUUUGUGGUAGACGUUAUCGUAAAUUAAUUAUUUAUGUAUUAGCUCAUUGACUUGAAGCUUCUUAAGGCACAUUAUACACUACACGUUUGGCUUCUAACAGAAAGUGUAAUAAAGACACGUUUGUACUGUACGCAUAAUGUUUUUACAUAUCCGCUGAAUAUUAUACACGACGCGAAAAGUUCCUAUGGUUUGACAAAAUUUCCAUUAUCCCUCUUGGUGGAAGAGACUUAGGCAUUUUAAUGCAUUUAAAAUAACCCCUAUUUGCUCAUAUUGUGUUUGGGACACGAUUGCCACUCCAUUGUGAUAAUUUCUUGCCACAUUCUUAAAUUUUUUUUCAAAACGAAAUUUUUUUCGGAAAUGAUUUUGCCCUUUAAUUUGAUACUUAAACGAAAUCGUCCAAUGUCACAUCUACGUCCUUAUAAAGACUUGUACUUAGUACACUAUCGAGCCAUCGCCACGGACUCAAUAUAGCCAAAAUAUAUCUCUCCAUCUCCCGGCGCAAGUCACGAGCGACUGUUUACUGCGAAUUUUUUAAUGGAAAUUUGACAUUUGAUAUAUUAUCUAAAUAAUAUACGCUGAUACUGAUCCUUUGCGUGUUUACGCUUCGAUAUUCUAUUGUUUUGGAAUCGUCCGCUCGUCACUUGCACCGCACCUAUAUCGAUUAGGGUUGUGUAGUUAAAAUUUUUGAGAAUGUAAAAAUUUAUUGUUCGUAGACGUGUUUCAACGCGCUGUAUAUUGAAUUCAUGUGUUAAAAUUCAGUCCUCAGAUCAUUAUAUCCAUCCACGGAAACAAUAAUCGAAACUGUAUAAUGUUUUCUUUCCAUUAACGUGUGGUAGCCGUUCGGAUAGCGUAGGUUUGGGUGACAAUCGGGCAAAUAUAGCAAACGUAGUGAAUGUAUAAUCAAGUGUAUUAGGGUAUGUCCACAUCGAUUCGCUUCGUGUCCGGAGCGGUAUAGUGUUAGAUCACCUUAUUGUAUAUUCCAUCCUCUUAGUGAUGUAAUUGUUAAGUACACUUUAUUGAGUACACAAAUAGUGUUAAUACGCCUCGUUAUUUACUAGUGUUUUUAAAAUUUCACUCUCAGCAAACAUAGCCGGUCACUUGCCUACAUUCCUCUACACGAUGUUGUAAAAUAUGACGAUUAAUUAAUAAAUUAGAAAAAUUGAACAAAAAAAAUAUAAACGCCUAACGCGCACCGGAGACUACAAAGCCAUUUCUCGUAGACUAUGUAAACCUUGACUGACGUCGUAUUUUUUCACGGAUAAUUUUCACAAAGCUUACUAGACUGUUGUACUUAAACAUUCCAUUUUCAACAUUUAUUAUCGGAUUACACUAGUAUUUAUAAGUUAGAUUUUUAUAGACAGAGUGCGAAUGUUUUAUGCAUUUUUUACCGUAAUCAGGCCUCAACUGGGACAGCUCAAUGUGUAGACGAAUAUAAAGAAAAUGUUGAGUAAAGUCUUUUCAAAUAUUGUAGGAUGUGUCUUUGAAACUCUCGAUGUGCUUCUGUCCAGUAGUUGUGGUAGUACUCGGGCAACGAGGGAAGUGUACUGCGUCUAUGACCUAUCUUUAAGAACACCAAUCGCGAUAGACAUACGAUUUUUUGUUAUUAAUGUCUAUAUGCUAAGGCAUAAGUACCAUUUUCAAUUGCAAGGAAUUUUGUCUUGAAUUAAAGAUGGGUUAUACAGGUGUAAGGUUACGCUGAGAUUACGAUUAAAGCAUUCGGAGUGUGCACUAGGGCUCCUAGGUUUAGGCUAAUAGUGACCUUGACGUCUCUUAGGUCCUAAUUUAUUUUAAUUAGAACUAAGCUGACAAUGUGCUGUGCUUUCGUUUUAAAUUAUAGUUAAAUUGAAUUAUUUUUGUUUUAUAGUGUAAUUUGUAUUUAUUGCAGUCAAUUCAUUGCAUCGAUAUGAGCUUAUAAAUUUGUUGUAUUAUUUUCGUAUGUAAUUAUUUUUUAGUGUAGCGAUGACGUUAUGUAUUGUGUUGCCAGUUUUAAAAAUUGUGUAAAAUAAUGAUUUUUGAUCACAAAUGAAAUGUAUUUCGAUUUCUUUUUAUGUGAUAAGCGAUAGAUUAGGCAGCUACUUGGUAGCAUAGAUGGUUGCAUAAUAUUCAUUAUUGUAAACAAAUAAAGAGAUUUUUAAUAUUUAAAUACAGAUAGUUCACUUCUAGUGGAAAUAUUUUUGCCAAGUAGCAAAUUUGAGUCAACCAUCGCUGUCAUUAUCAAUAAAUGUAUUAUAAAAUUAUUA